AGGCCAGAAGGAACUAUUGUGAUGAUCUAAUCUGACUUCCUGUAUAAAACAUGCCAUAGAACUUCCCUGAAAAAAUUCCUAGAGUGUAUCUUUUAGGAAAAAUCAAGUCUUGAUUUAAAAACUGCACAUGAUGGAGAAUCCAUCUCGACCUUUGCCCUUCUUUGAACCCUCUCCAGUUUAUCAAUAAAGUCUUGAAUUGUGGAUGACAGAACUGGACACAGUAUUCCAGCAGCACUCAGACAAGUGCCAACUACAGAGAGUCACUGCUUCCCAGGAUAGAGUCCCCCACUGUACUGUUGGAAUCAUCAGAUAUCUUUUUUACAAAUGUGUACAGGUUGAUACAGACUGAGUCUGUACUGAUCAUCGGUUUUUCCAUUAAAAAUCAGCCAUCUCAGCAAGUGCUGGAGUAUGGACGGGCCAGCUGCACAACAGUAACACUGUGCUAUGCUUCGAGAUGUCAUGGGAAAAACCUUUCGACUUCUGGGGUAUACCAUUCAAUAUGGCUGCAUAGCACACUGUGCCUUUGAGUACCUUGGAGGAAUUGUUGUGUGUUCUGGACCUUCAAUGGAACCAACAAUUCAAAAUUCGGACAUUGUCUUUUCAGAGAAUCUUAGCCGCCAUUUUUAUUGCAUUCAGAAAGGUGAUAUUGUAAUUGCAAAAAGCCCAAAUGACCCAAAAUCAAAUAUCUGUAAAAGAGUAAUUGGCUUGGAAGGAGACAAAGUCUGUAUAAGCAGUCCUUCAGAUUUCCGUAAGAGUCACAGUUAUGUGCCUAAAGGGCAUGUUUGGUUAGAAGGAGAUAAUCUCAGGAAUUCUACAGAUUCCAGGUGUUAUGGACCUGUUCCUUAUGGACUGAUAAGAGGACGUAUUUGCUUCAAGAUAUGGCCUCUGAAUGAUUUGGGAUUUCUGCGUGCUAGCCCCAACGGUCACAGAUUUUUGGAUGAUUAAGAGAACUAAUAAGUGAAUUCUGCUAGUUUACUUAACUGUCUUAUAAUGCUUUAAUAGCUUUUUUUACUGAGUGAAUGAAACAGUGUGUUUGUAUUUACAAAAAAUUAAACAUUGUGACUAAGAUAUCAAA